GAGGCCGAAGAGAUCCUGGGGACGAUGCAGAACUAUCUUGACUCCUCUGUGAUCUCCAUCAUCGAGGACCUCUCUCUGAGCGAGAGCAAGGCCUGCCUGGAUGCGCAGAACGAGCUGUCCCUGCUGACUGCCAUCACCGAGAUCCUGGACAGCACGGACGACGAGACCCUGUCCCCCUUUGACACCAUCAUGGAUGCGGAGCUGCUGACCUCGCCUCGGGAGCGGGAGAAUCCCUCAUUUCAGAAGUUUCUGAGCUUAUCCCGGCCAUUGCUGGAGUGCGAGAGCCCUGCCCUGGAGCAGCCCAAGGCUCUCAGGCCUCUGAGCAGCAGCAGCAGCAGCAUCUCUGUGGUUGGGAAGACGGACACAGACCUGGCUUGGGACCGUGCCACUCACGGCCUCGAGGACCCAGUGCUGCCGAAGAAGCAAGUCUGCAGCACCCCGAGGGUGGAGAGGAAGCUGGGCCGGCACUGGGCCCGAGAGCAGCCCUUGCCACAGCGCAGCGAUGGGGAGGAAGAGGAGGAGGAGGCUGCCUUGAGCCUGGAGCUAGACAGCAGCAUGGAGGCUGCCGAGUUCUGCAUGAGUGGGGCCGGGGCGGCACUGGAGGAGCAUGAAGACCCCUGCAUCAUCAACACGAGUGACGUGUCCCUGAGUGAGCUGGUGAAGUCCAUGCACCCUUACUGCCUGCCUACUUUCACUGUGUGCCUCGACCCCGAGGCUGAGCCCAUGGCCAAGGAGCUCCUCAGCGGUCCCGUCUUGCUGGAAGUUGUGCCUGGUGAGGGGGAGAGCGUGGAGAUCCCCGUGGUGCUGCAGCCGCUGGCCCCCAGCUUCCCCGACCAGGACCCCCAGCUCCUGGGAGCAGAGGAGGGUACCGGAGAGUCAAUCCCAGAGGAUCGAGAGGAGCUGCCAGGAGCUCCAGCCCAGGAAAACGGGAAGGAGGAGAAACCGCCUGGGAAGGAGCCUUCCUGCACUACCCCAGAGAGCACAUCCCCACCGGAGACAGCAGCACCCAGAGCCUGCAGCAGCAAAUGCGAGGGCACCGAGAAGGGCCGUGGCCGUGAGAGAGCAAGGAAGAGUCGGAAAAAGAAAGCAGAGGAGGACCAAAGCGAGCAGGCCAGGCCAGGCAGGGACUGCAUGGCCCACCGGCUCCGCUCGGCCGGCUCCGGGCAGCCCCCGGGCCAGCCGCCCACCAGCUGGCGGCAGGCAGCGCGUCCCUCUGUCCAGGUCUCAGACUUCCUGGCGCGGCAGCUGGAGCGAGCCCGGAAGGAGGGGCAGAUGGAGCUGCGUGCCGAGCGGGCACCGCGGCCCCGGGGCAGGCCCCGGAGCACGGCGGGGGCCUCCCUGCCCGAGAAAGCACAGCAGGAGCUGCAGAAGGAGCCAGUACCAGAAGCGGUGAGCGUACCCCUGGAGGAGGCUGAGACCGUGGUGCCUCCAGAGAAGACUGCACCGAAUGUGGAGGAGCCGCCAGCAGCGGCGUGUCCCAGCCCAGCCGACCAGGCUGAGGGUGAGGGGGAUGUGCAGCCAGCUGCCGGACAGGGUACCGGGGUCUUGGAGGCUGCCUCUCCUCCCUCAGAGCAAGGCGUGGGGCCAGAGCCACCCCAGAGCCUGCCAGCGGCAGAGCCGAGCGAGGGCUUGCCCAAGGAAGCCAAACCCAAGGCCCUGAGCCUGCGGGAAUACCGCAUCCGCAUGCUGCACCGCCAGCCCAGCCCGGGCAGCAGGAAGGACGGAGAGAAGCAAGCAGCCAGCAAGUGGCCCAGCGUCCCUGAGCCUCCGACAGAGCUGGCGGAGAUCCCCUGCCUGGUGUCGCCUGUGUGCCCCGCCACUGAGGCGGCUGGCGCUCAGAAGAGCCCGGAGAAACCCACCAGCCCCGCUGCUGUGCCUUCUCCUGCCAGCAAAGCUCCCACCACUCCGACUUCGGCUCCGGCACCCGCCACGGCUCCACAACCCCCAUCAACACCAAUGCCUUUUGUCACGCCAAAUGUGCCCCCAGCCGCUGGGGCGGCCCCCGCCGGGAUGCCACCAGCCUCUGCCGGUGCUUAUGCCCUUUACCCACCAGUGCCUUCCUGGCCCUGCUUCGGCCCGCAGCCCAUGGGCUGCCAUGGUUUGCCCCCACCGCCCAGUGCUGGGUCCCCCAGUACUUUUCACAUGGUGCCUGGCCUCCCGCCUCCGGCCAUGGCCUGGCCCCCGCCGGCCGUGCCGCCCCCACCUCCCUUUGGCCCCGGCGGCCCCUAUGCCCCGGUAGGGUGGGCACCGCCAUCUUACUGGCCAGGAAUCCCCAUGCCACCUCCGGUGCCUCCCCUGGCGUAUGGGGACCCUGGAGCGGUGCUGCAGGGCGCUGCCGCCUUCCCAGCUGGUGGCCACCCCAGCACAGCCCUCCUGCACGGGCAGCCUCCUGCCACCCCGUCACUCAGCUGCCCGGAGCCGCCGGCCUUCCCUGCCCAGCCACCUGCCACCCUGGCCGGCGAGAUGGGGGCUGCAGGUGGCCUGGCCAGGCCGGCUACCAGCAGGGUGUCGGACCCCAGGAGGCAGGCACGGCUGGCAGGGGAGAGCUCUCUCCCCAAGGCCCCCCCCUCCCCGGCCCAAGCCCCUGCCCAGCCCCUGGCAGCCCCAUCCACUGUUGCUGCCCAGCCCAGCAGGGUCCCUCCUGCAGCUCCAGCCCAGCACACGGCUGCCCCCACCCAGCCUCCAGAGGAGCCCCAGGCUGCAACCCCCACCCAGCUCCCAAAGGCCCCCCCAGCUGCCAUCCAUUGCUCUGCGGAGGUGUCCCCUGCUGCUGGCCCUGUUGGGGAGUCCCCUGGCACCCCUCCUGUGGAGGAGGCUGCAGGGCCUGGCAAGGGGGCAGUGGAGAAAGCCAUGCCGGAGCCCAAGGCAGCUGCUGGGCAGGAGCCACCCGGCCAUAAAUCCACCUCCCAGGCUGUGGCACCACCACCGAAAGCGGGUCGAGAGAGCAGCCUGCCCACCAAGGCACCCGCCGCACGGCCAUGGAGGCACCAGCCACUCCUCAGCCCGGCGCAGCCCAGCGACAGCAGCAAGGACAUCGUGCAAGCCUUCAUCAGCGAGAUCGGGAUCGAAGCCACCGACCUGUCCAGCCUGCUGGAGCAGUUUGAGAAGUCUGAAGCCAAGAAGGAGGAGGCUCUCGUGCAGCCCCCCGAGGACAGGCGGCCGGCAGGGAGCUCGGGGCCUGAGACCCAGCAGGACAGGAAGCCCCCAGACAACCUGCAGGCCUCUGAGCUGGCCAACGUGGCAGGCCUCACCCCCCCAGCGACGCCCCCCCACCAGCUCUGGAAGCCAUUGCCCGCUGUCUCGCUGCUGGCCAAGGCCAAGUCGCCCGGGUCCGCGCCCCAGGAAGGGCCCCAGAAGACAGCCAAGCUGACAAAAGCCAAGCUGUUGCCCCAGAGCAAGCUCCAGGGGAAGAGCCCGGCAUCGGCCCCUGCUGGCUCAGCCCCCAGCCACGUCUGCUCGGGAGACCACGACUACUGCAUCCCGGGCACGGCACGGCCGGAGAGCAACAGCAGCCCCGGCACGCAGCCCCCCACUGAGGGCGGCUCCCGCUGGAACGUCAAACACCACCGGGACAUCACUAUCAAACCCAUCUCCUCCUUAACCAAAUGGACGCUGGACCAGCCCAAGCCCACCCCGCCAGCCCCCACCACCACCACGGGGCCCAGCCAGGCGCCCCUGGUGAAAAACAGCCAGGAGCCCCUGGGGACGGCCUGCCCAGCCCCCCUGGAUUAUCGGACUAGCGUCCCCAACAAGGCCACCGCCGGGUGCAGCAGCCCCCCCACCUCAGUGCUCCUGUCUCCAGCCGCAUCCCCCUGCCGGGACCAGGAGAUGCGGACUCCCAGUGCCCAGCCCAGCCAUGCUGCUGCCAAGAGGUCCCUGCGCUGCUACCGGAGACCCCAGGACUCGCCCAGCCCCUCUGCCGGCACCUGGAGGGCUGGCAGGAGCCGUGCCAGCCGCUCCUUCAGCUCCAGUUCGGAUGGAGCUAGUGAGUCCUCAUCUUCAUCUUCAUCCUCAUCCUCCCGAUCCCGGUCACGGUCGUUCUCCCCACCGCCCAAGCGGUGGCGAAGGUACCGCUCAAGAUGUUCCCACAGCUCCUCCUCCCGCUCCAGCUGUGGGUCAUAUGGCAGGUCCCGGGACAGGUCCUCAUCCUCAUCGUCAACGUCCUCCUAUUCGUCCAGGUCCACGUCCCGCAGCCAGUCCCGUUCCCGCUCCCCCUCGCCCCGCAGGAGGAGUAACAGGCGGAGAAGAUACAGUUACGAUGCACAAGACCACUACCAAAGGCAGAGGAUCCUCCAGAAGGAACGUGCAAUAGAGGAGCGGCGAGUUGUGUUUAUUGGCAAGAUCCCCAGCAGGAUGACACGGUCGGAGCUGCGGCACCGCUUCUCUGUGUUCGGGGACAUCGAGGAGUGCACCCUGCACUUCCGCUCCGAGGGGGACAACUAUGGCUUUGUCACCUACCGCUAUGCCGAGGAAGCCUUUGCCGCUAUUGAGAGCGGGCACAAGCUGCGGCGCCCGGACGAGCAGCCCUUCGACCUGUGCUUCGGCGGCCGCCGGCAGUUCUGCAGGAGGAACUACGCCGACUUGGACUCAAAUCGGGAGGAUUUCGACCCGGCCCCCGUCAAGAGCAAGUUCGACUCCCUGGACUUCGACACGCUGCUGCGGCAGGCACAGCGCAGCCUGCGGAGGUAGCGGCAGGCGAGGCGGAGCGCCCGCCCCCACUUUUAUACUCAAAUACAAAAGACAAAAAAAGUAUGGAGAGAGAGAGAUGGGGUUUUUAAGAAAAAGAAAAAGGAAAAAAAGAAAUUUGUUUUAUAACCAAUAUUUAAGGAGGACGGGUCAUUUGCCUUUGACCGGAGGGGCCCAGGCGAGUGGCAGCCCCAGGCUUGCCCCAGCCAUGUAAUAAAUGCGGAUGCCCAAACA